CUCGCAUCACUAGUAUUUCGUUUCGGUUGGUACGCGGUUUAGUUUCACGGCUAUACGGUUUUACGUUUCUACGGCAUUGCGGGAUUUCAACACCAUGGCGGCCCAGACUAUUUUGUUUGACUUUACGCUGGACAAGGACAAAACUUGCGAUGAGGAGUCGCGCCUGCAGGUUGCGAAGAUCCUGCGGAACGAGCUGGAGCAGGUGUUCCCCCAACUGGAGCUGGCCUACUUGAUGGAGUCGCCGGAAAACGGAUAUUUCGCGGUCCUGCACCAGAACAAGGACACCGUGAUUACCUGCAGGAUCUUCCAGCACGGCCUGCUGACGCUCAACGUGGAGUACUUCCUGCCCGAGGGAAAGGAGCCGAGCAUUACCUUCGACACCAUGCGCACAGUGGAAUUGAUUUUGCGCCAGAAAUUUGAUUCUGAUCGGUCCAAGUACUUGCCUCCGAUUAAGCGCGGUGGAUAUAUCGACAUAUACAUGACUAGCUCAGAUGAGCGCAUCAUCGAGUACGACAUCGACAAGGUGGUCUUCGAGGCUCGUUCGCCGUUCCAGAAGAUCCAAAUCAUGCACUCGAAGACGCUGGGUAAUAUGUUGCUGUUGGACGAGCUGCAAAACAUUGCUGAAUCCGAUUUGAUCUACACGGAGACCCUCAUGUGUCGCGGCGUGGAGAACUAUGAGGGCAAGGAGAUCUGCAUCCUGGGCGGCGGUGAUGGUGCCUUGUUGUACGAGCUGCUCAAGGAGAAUCCCAAGCAUGUGGUGAUGCUGGAGAUCGAUGAGCUUGUGAUGCAGACCUGCAACAAGUAUUUAAACGUGAUCUGUGGUGAUGUUCUGGAGAAACGCAAGACCGAUCAGUACGAGAUUAUUGUGGGCGACUGUGUGGAGUACUUGAAGAAGUUCAUCGCCGAGGGCCGCAAGUUCGACUACGUGUUUGGGGAUCUCACGGAUAUUCCCAUAACCGAUGCUCCGGAGGGCGAAACCUGGGACUUUAUCCGCACCAUCUUCGAGCACUCGUUCAAGGUGCUGAAGGCCGAUGGAAAGUAUUUGACCCAUGGCAAUGGAUCCACCUGCAAGACGCAGCUGCGUUUGUUCGAGGAGCAAUUGGAGCUGCUGCGUCCCAAGGUGAAGUUCACCACCACCAAGGCGUUUGUGCCGUCGUUCAUGGAAGAGUGGCUCUUCUACCAGGUGACCUUCGCCUGACAAGCUCAGGGGGACUCCUCAGCAGCAGCAGCAGCAGUAGCUACUUGUAGCGCACCAACAAACGCCAGCCACACACCAGCAUCACACAGUAUAAGUCAGGAAGCACUAACCAUCGGAGAGAUGCUCCAGCUGCACUCCUACACAGUCACUCUCCAUGGAGCAGCAGUCGGAGUUAAGGAGCAGGAAAAGGAGAAGGAUAAGGAGAAGGAAAGCGUGGGAGGACAAUUGAAACCGAGACCCAGGCGUCGAAAGAAGCGUGUGCACUACCACCACACACUGGUUUCUUAGUCCAGCAGCAAACGUGAAAUCGAAAGCACAAGCUGAAUGCCACCAUCGAAGUCAUCGCAACAAGACCCAAAAAAACAAAAAGGAAACACGCACUUCCAAUGGCUGUUACUUACAAUUGAAAACCAAACCAAAUACUGAACCCAAUUCGUUUACGCUUAAGUUAGGCUUUAGUUCCGUUUUCUCGUCCACUGAUUUCAAAGCUAAAAUUAAGUCAAAAGUACAACCUUUAAGCAAGGGCAGGCUAAAUAAAAUAACUUAUGUAUUCGUGUUUAUUUGAAUUACGCCUAAGCAUAGCAUGUUGGCCAACUAUUUGUAAUAUUUCGUAUAACGUGUAAAUCUAUAUAUGUAGAGCAUAUGUUUAGUUAUCCAUUAACGAGCAAAUUGAUGCGGGGAAUCCCCCCGCCCGAUCGAGAAAUGUGUGCAUGAGGGUGUGAGGAAGCGUAGCAGAGAACACCAACUUUUAUUGCUGUAAUAACGAUUAAUACCAAACAUUUUAAACGAGAAGAAUUACAAAGUAAAUAAAUAGUCGUAUGCAGAUAUAA